AUGCAGCACGACGGCCGCUCCAAGGGCUGCGGCAUCGUCGCCUUCGCCACGGCGCAGGAGGCGGCCAACGCGAUUGCGACGCUCGGCGAGACGGAGCUGGACGGCCGCACCAUCUUCGUGCGCGAGGACCGGGAGGAGGCGGCGCCGCGUGGCCUGCCGGCGCCGGGGACACGGGCGCCGGCACCGGCCGGAAAGUUCUACGGCGGCGGGCUGCCCGCCCCACGCAGCCCCGCACUUGCCGGCGGCGCAGCCGCCGGCGGCUCGCGCGUGUACGUCGGCAACCUCUCGUGGCACACGUCGUGGCAGUCGCUCAAGGACCACUUCCGGCAGGCGGGCGAGGUGGUGCACGCGGACGUGAUGCAGCACGACGGCCGCUCCAAGGGCUGCGGCAUCGUCGCCUUCGCCACGGCGCAGGAGGCGGCCAACGCGAUUGCGACGCUCGGCGAGACGGAGCUGGACGGCCGCACCAUCUUCGUGCGCGAGGACCGGGAGGCGGCGGCGCCGCGUGGCCUGCCGGCGCCGGGGACCCACACCAACGCGCCCCACAUGGGCGGCUUCAACGGCCUCCCUCCUCCGCGGGCGGUCCGGGCUGUGGGCGCUGCCGCUGCGGCUCCGCCCGGGGGGAGCGAGACGCGCGUGUACGUCGGCAACCUCUCGUGGCACACGUCGUGGCAGUCGCUCAAGGACCACUUCCGGCAGGCGGGCGAGGUCGUGCACGCGGACGUGAUGCAGCACGACGGCCGCUCCAAGGGCUGCGGCAUCGUCGCCUUCGCCACGGCGCAGGAGGCGGCCAACGCGAUUGCGACGCUCGGCGAGACGGAGCUGGACGGCCGCACCAUCUUCGAGCUCAAGGACCACUUCAAGGUUGCCGGCAACGUGACACACGCAGACGUGGCGCAGGACGGGGGAGGGAAGUCGCGCGGCUUCGGCACACUCCUCUCCUCGGCGCGACGCGCGGUGGCAGUCCGCACCGUCCUCUUCGGCUCGACGCGCGAAGCGGCAAAGGCGAUCCAGAUCUUCAACGAGAGCGAGUUCCACGGCCGCACCAUCGAGGUGAGGCCCGACCAGUACAGCUGA